AUGGCAGACACAGGAACCAAAGCGGCCCAUGAUCUGGGCAACGGGAAAACCCAAAUCUUUUUGAAUGCAUUUGAUAUGUCCACCGUUGGCCACCUAUCGCCGGGGCAAUGGAAGAAUCCAAAAGAUAAAUCUGCGACCAAGCGCAAACUUGACUACUGGAUUGAUCUAGCGAAGACGCUUGAGCGAGGUGGCAUUAAUGCGUUGUUCCUCGCCGAUACGUACGGCGGUUACGAUACCUACGAGGGCAGUCUUGACAACUGCAUCCGCAGAGCUGCACAGUGGCCCAUCACGGACCCCAGUAUUGUAUGA